GCAUUAAGAUCGACCAUCGCCAUCUUCGAAGAUUAAUAAUUUUUGGACAGUACGAUAAUUGAACUAGUUACAUGUUCAUCAACCGUCAUCCUGAUUAUUUGAGAAUUUCUAAUUUACUAACUGACAUCUUCUUGAGUUUAAGAAGCUGUUCAAAUGGCCGAUGCAGAUAAAAUUAAUGUUGAUAGUGUUAUACAGCGGUUAUUAGAAGUUCGAGGAUCUCGUCCAGGGAAGAAUGUACAGUUAACUGAAGCAGAGAUCAGAGGACUGUGUUUAAAAUCAAGAGAAAUUUUUCUCAGCCAACCAAUCCUGUUGGAAUUAGAGGCACCCCUAAAAAUAUGUGGUGACAUACAUGGCCAGUACUAUGAUCUUUUGCGAUUGUUUGAGUACGGUGGGUUUCCACCAGAAGCCAACUACCUCUUUCUGGGGGAUUAUGUUGACCGUGGCAAGCAGUCCCUGGAGACCAUCUGUUUGCUGUUAGCAUACAAAAUCAAGUACCCAGAAAACUUCUUCCUGUUACGAGGCAAUCACGAGUGUGCUAGUAUCAACAGAAUCUAUGGUUUUUAUGAUGAAUGUAAGAGGAGAUACAACAUAAAACUUUGGAAGACAUUCACAGAUUGCUUCAACUGUCUACCUAUUGCAGCUAUCAUUGAUGAAAAGAUAUUCUGUUGUCAUGGAGGAUUAUCACCAGACUUGCAAGCAAUGGAACAAAUAAGGCGUAUCAUGCGACCAACAGAUGUCCCUGACCAAGGUCUACUGUGUGAUCUGCUUUGGUCAGACCCUGACAAAGAAACCAAUGGUUGGGGUGAAAAUGACAGGGGUGUAUCAUUCACAUUUGGACCUGAAAUAGUCUCAAAGUUUCUUAGCAAACAUGACUUGGAUCUCAUAUGCAGAGCUCAUCAGGUAGUUGAGGAUGGUUAUGAAUUUUUUGCCAAACGUCAACUAGUGACACUCUUCUCUGCACCUAACUACUGUGGAGAGUUUGACAACGCAGGAGCGAUGAUGAGUGUAGAUGAAACACUUAUGUGUUCCUUUCAGAUUCUUAAACCAGCAGACAAGAAAAAGUUUACAUAUGGCCUGAACUCAGGACGACCUUUGACACCACCGAGAGGUCCAGCCAAGAAUAAAGGCAAAAAAUGAGUGGCUGGUGUUGAAAGAGAACUUUGUCUCAAUUGUAAUUACUGGUGUAUUUGGAAGUAUUGCCCUCUAGGCGACAAGUACCAUGAAACAUUUGAUUUUUUUUUAAAAUCUUGAUUGAAUUUGAGUUAGGAAGUGGAGAGGGCAUGCUACUGUAACUAUGUUUGUGUAUAUAUGUAUGUACUGUGGAAUCUUGCUUCAACUUGCAUGGUGAGUGCUUGUCAGUUACAUGUACAUGUACUUGCAUUCAUGUCAACCUUUGGCCAUGAUACUAACAAAAUUAUUGAUCAUGUAGUUGAAGAUAAUUGGCCAGCCAGUAGUAGGAUCGUACACACCUCAAGCCCUAACAAAGAAAACAUCAUUGUUAAUGUUAAGCAGUAAUGUAUUUUAUUAGUUUGUACUUGACCUUUGCUGUGCAAAUAAUUUAUUGUCCUUUAUUUUCAGUGCAUACAAAGAGGUAUUUACACUAUUUCCCAAUUUUGGCUUUGUGCACUACUACACCUUCCAAAAGAAUUUCUUCAUAAUAUACUAUAACAGGUGUUUGAAAGAUACAUUCAUGCUUUGACUGUGUAAAGUUUCAAUCUGCAUUCUUCAGAGAAUCCACCUUGUGUGUGUGUGUGUGUUUGUGUAUGUCUCUAUUUUGUAUGUACAUGUAUAUAGCGAAUCUUAAUAUAGUGUUUUGUUGAGAUUCCAACAGGACCUGGGGUGGAUUUCACAAACAGUUAGGACUAGUCUUAUAUCGAGUUAGGACCAGUUACUCGUCCUAACUUAGGA